GCUCACUCCGGUUACGCCGCUACAGCCGGGAACGCGCUCCUAAGCGCGCUCCCGCAGUGUGUAUAUAGUCGUUUCGUCAUCGGUCCAUUCAAUUUCUCCCAGACGCUGAACUGUUCACUGCUCUGACAAUGGCCUCCGGUGUGAAAGUCACGGAUGAAGUGAUCGCCAUCUUCAACGACAUGAAGGUCCGCAAGGCUCAGGCGAAUGAGGACGAGAAGAGGAAGAGGAAGAAGGCCAUCCUCUUCUGCCUCAGCAAGGACCUGAAGAACAUCGUUCUGGACGAGGGCAAAGAAAUCCUGCUGGGUGACAUCGGCAACACCGUCAAGGACCCGUACCAGGACUUUGUGAAGAUGCUGCCGCCUGACGACUGCCGCUACGCCCUGUACGACGCCACCUACGAGACCAAAGAGACGAAGAAGGAGGACUUGGUCUUCAUCUUCUGGGCACCGGACAGCGCUCCGCUGAAGAGUAAGAUGAUCUACGCCAGCUCUAAAGACGCCAUCAAGAGGAAAUUUGAAGGCAUCAAGCAUGAGUGGCAGGUGAACGGUUUGGAGGACCUGAAGGAGCGACGCACGCUGGCGGAGAAGCUGGGCGGCUCGUCGGUAGUCACCCUGGAAGGAUCUCCUAUAUAAACAAGCCUCUCCUCCUCCUCCUCCCGCGGCUUCGGUCGAAGCCUCUCAGACACAUCUGUUGGGUUUAGCUGUUCAUUCCAGUCGGGUUGGAGAAAACGGGGCAAAAGGAGAACCAGCGUCAUUUGUGGGACUCCUGGGGAGGGCGACCUGGGGUGGGUUUGGGGUCAAGUGACAAAGAAAAACACAAAAAAACACAAACAGGCAGACUGUUCCAGUUCAUGCAACAUAAGGAUUAUGAACAAAACACACCUAAAGAUACUAAUGAUGAAGGAUGGUGAUGAAGACGAUGACAUUUAAAUGCACUUAUUCACGUUUCUGGACAGGGUUUUGUUCUUUCCACUUGAAAUAUUUCAGCGAAAGGGACAGUUCUUAAAAUCAUGAAAACUAUUCCAACUACAUUUUAUUUUAUUUUUUUGCCAAACUUCUAGUUAGGUUUUGUGUGUAGUUGACACUAGGCGUAGUAUGAACUAAUUCACUCUUGUUUGCACAAGACGGAUGAAAACCUCUGGGGGAAACACGGUUAAAUAUGUUUUUGUCAUUCUGUUUGGUUUUUGGGUUGUUUUUGGUUUUGUUGUUUUUAUGCAAUCCCUAAAACUUGAGUGAUUCCGUUUUAUUUCCUGUUGUGUCGGAGAACUCGGCAUUCGAUGUAGUGAACAUAACAUUCCUUGUACUUGUUAAAAAAGGUUUCCUCGUUUUAAAAAGCUUUGUGGUGUUGUUGAAGGUUUGACGCGGAGCGACGUGUAAAUGAAGGACAAGCAAACUGAAGCGAAGGGUGGAUGUUUUGUAUCGUCUCCUUAUCUCUAAUAAAAGCACUAAACUACUGA